GUGGAUACUUUACUCAACAUUCAUGAGAUGUUUCAGGUCGUCUGACAACACAGAGACGCCACUCCUCGUUCGAGACAGAGGCUUCACUUUUACAAGCCCUUCUGACGUGAUAACAAGACUUCAGGUUCAUCCAGGUUAAUUGUUGUAACAAGAAAAUGGCCCUUCCCUUGACAAACUGGAACAGUGGCCUCUUCGACUGCUGUGAUGACAAAAAAUCUUGUUGCUAUGGUUUCUGGUGCUGCCCUUGCCUGGCCUGUACUGUCGCAGGUAAAUUUGGGGAGAACCGCUGCCUCCCACUCUGUGACAUCUUCAGUCCUGCCAUCACAGCAGCGUGUGGACUUCCUCUGUGUGUUCCUCCUGCAGUCCUGGCUCUGAGAGUCGGCAUCAGACACAGAUACGGGAUCAAGGGUUCUCUGUGUAAGGACAUCGCCUCGUCCUGUUUCUGCAUGUGGUGUUCCUGGUGUCACAUGCAUCGUGAAUUGAAAUACCGCAAGAAACACGCCCCUGCUGUCGUCAACAUGCAGCCUGCGUCACAUCCUGCGGCCAAGUAGACGGGUUUUCAGGCUUCACAUCGGUCUGUAAACACUGGUCUGCAAGGAAAAUGCUUCCAGAAUAAAAGUAAUGAAAUUUUACCACAUGAGAGUCACUGAUAAAGAAAAAUCAAGUCAAAAAUGCUGGUUGGCUGAAGUUUCCAAGAUGCAACCUUG